AUGGUGACCUCAGUGGGAUUAUCGAAGGACCAAGGGCUCGCACCUUACAAGAAGCCUCAUGACUUGGAGAAGGCACGGAAUGUGGGUGUUCUCAUAGCAAUGAUUAAGCAUAUGUCUCCUCAUAUUGCCAAGAUCCAGGAGUCAUUGGCUCAUGAGAUUUAUCAUAAUUCAUGCCCACCAUUGUCAUCAUCGGGAAGUGAAUCAUUAGUGAUUAAUGAUUGCAAUGAGUAUGGUGUUGAUGGAGCUGAAGAUGAGCCAAACUUUGAUGUUCAAAGUUUAAAUUUAAGGCUCCCAAGUAUUCUAAAAUAG